AUGUUACUUUCGACAACAGCGUCGAACUCAACGUUCGCAUAUAGACUGAAAGAAGCUCAGUUGAAAAUAUCAUCAAACAAAAUGCCACGAGGUGAAAGAAAACGAGAUCAUAAUGAAGCGAAUAUACAUGCGAAUUCGAUGAGUACUAAUGUAUACUCAUUGAAAGAUAGUAUAAGUCUUCAUAGUUCAUUGAAUGCAGCAUUUGUUCUUUAUCAAGUUUUAUUGCAACGAAUUCUACACGGCAACGAUCUGGAGCUGAUCGAAGGAUCAUCACUAACGAAAUACUUUGAGCCCGAAGACAAAAAUGAUCGACAAACAAUGAAAGAAUUUGAUGCAAAUUAUUGUUCAUCAGAAGCUAUCUAUUGGUAUACGAGAGAAUCGUGUAUUCAUAAGAUACUUAAUCAAGCUUUACAAAUGCAGAAUAUUGAUGAUAUUAUUCCAUUUGGACAAUUUAUGAAAGAUUUAGAUGCACAAUUAACCGAAGAACAUAAACUAUUCGUUAAAGAGCAAGACGCAACAACAAUUCAAGUUUAUCGCGGACAACUUAUCAGUAAGGAUGAGUUGAACCGUCUUAAAACAACGCAAGGACAAUUACUAUCAAUGAAUUCAUUCUUAUCAACAAGUACGAAUCGAGAAAAGGCUAUCGACAUUAUUAUAAAUCGAUCAGCACCACCUAACGAGAAUUCAGUAUCAAUUUUAUUUGAAUUUGUCAUUGAUUUAUGUGCACCGCCAAGCUCAUAUGCAGAUAUUCGCCAUUUAAGUGCGUUCUCCGAUGAUGAAGAAGUUCUUUUCAUGUUUGGAUCAAUUUUCCGUCUCGAACACAUUUCUUAUGACAAACAUUUGAAAAUUUGGAUUGCAAAUGUAACAUUAUGUUCGCCGAAUGAUGCAGAUGUGAAAGAAUUUAGAACAACUUUGGAACAUCAAUUGGAAGGACAAAACCAAUUGAUUGCACUCGGAAACUAUUUCAUACAAAUGAUGAAAUAUGAUCAAGCGGAAGACUUUUACCAAAAGAUUUUAAAUAAUAAAUUAACGAAUAAUCCUAUUGAACUUGCUUAUUGUUACCAUGGUCUUGCACAAGUGAACGAGAAAAAAGGAGAAUAUCAAUAUGCCAUUCGAAAUUUAAAUAAAGCGCUUGGAUAUCUUUUGGAAAAUUCGGAUGAAAACCAAGAAGAUCAUCCACUCAUUUCUCAAUCAUAUAACGAUCUAGCGAAAGUUUAUGCUAAAGACAUGAAUUACAUUUCAGCUUUUCAAUAUUACGAGAAAGCCUUGGAGACAAUUAACAAUGUUCCAUCGACAACUUACGCUGGUCUUGCACAAAUGCAUUUUCAACUUGAAAACUACUAUCUUGCCCUACAAUAUCUCCGGCAAGCUCUAGAAAAUCAUCCGCCAACCGCAUUUGCACUGAUUGCUAAUACGUAUAUUGACAUGGGAAAAGUAUUUGCCAAAAUCAAUCGAAAAGAUCGAGCGCUAGACAUGUUCGAUCGAGCAAUGAAAGCUCAACUAAAACUUUUAGAUACGGACCAUCCUGAUAUUAGUUAUACAUAUUCGGCGAUGGCGAUAAUGUAUUCUGAAAUGGACGAUCAAGAUACGGCUUUAGAACUAAUGGAUAAAGCUUUUCACAUACAAUUAGAUUCUCUUCCAAAUGAUCAUUCGGACUUUGCCGAUACUUAUCGACACUACGGUGAUAUUUAUGUGAAAAUAGAUGAUUUAGACAAAGCUUUAGCAUAUUACUACAAGUCACUUGAAAACCAAUUCAAAACACUUCAAUGGAACCAUCCAGCGAUUGUGUUAACUUAUAUCACAAUUGGUAAUGUAUAUCGAAAAAUGAAAGAUUAUAAACAAGCAUUAACCUACUUUCACAAAGUCCUUGAUAGUGAACUAACACGCAAGAAUUUUGGUGAUCCGACAUUAAGUCAAGCAUAUAAAACACUUGGCGACGUCUACCUUGACAAGAACGAUAGUGAUCAAUGUCUGAACUACUAUCUUCAAUACCUACAGAAUGAACUACAAACCAAAUUGCACGAACAUAUGUCAUUAGCGGAAACAUACCGUACUGUUGCCAAUAUCUACUUCAAAAAGCGUCUUUUAAGUGAAGCAUUAUUGUAUUAUAAUCGACUGUUAGAUUGUUACUUACAAAAAAAACCAUUCGACGAAACCAUAAUUCAUGAUAUUUAUAUGACGAUCGGAAAAGUUUACUUGAAAAAGAAUCGUAUUACUGAUACUUUGUUGUAUUACGAGAAAUUGAGUAAUAAAUCAACGAAUAGCAAAUACGAUGAUAUCAAUAAUAUUCAUUUCGAGAAACGGCAUUUGGAUCAAGUAUUGAAUUAUUAUGAAAAAUAUCUCAAAGAACAAAUUCAAACUCGUUCAGCAACGGAUUCAUCAUUGGCUGAUGUUUAUCAAAUCUUGGGAAGCAUCUGUUUAGAAAAACGGAAUCAUGAUAAAGCACUAGAUUAUCUUUUAAAAUUGUUAGAUAUCAAAUUAAAUAAAAAAGCACCACAAAAUCCCGUCUUAUCCGAAUUAUACGAAAUUAUUGGCUCAAUUUAUUUACAAAAGCAAGAUUAUAACAAGGCUCUAGUUUAUUUCAACCAAUUUCUCGAUUGUCAACUAUUGUUGAAACCAUUUAGUCAUCCAUUGAUAAUCAAUGUUUAUAAAACAAUUGGAAAAAUUUAUCUCCGGAAGAAUCCAUUUGAUUUAACGUCGAAUUAUCUUAAUCGAAAUGCAUCAAUCAGUUCCAAACUCAAUCUUAAAACUAUUCACGCAGAAAAACGUCAUUUAGAACGAACAAUUAUCUAUUUUUACACAUUACUCAAAGCACAAAUUGAAAACAAAAACCAUCCGAUCAAAGAUUUUACUUCAGAACAAAUCUACACGAUCAUUGCCAAUAUAUUCUUAGAAAAACAAGAUACCAAUCAAGCUUUAGUGUAUUAUCAUCAACUACUCCAUUAUCAAUAUCGAAAAAACCCAUAUGAAUAUACAAUCUUAGGUCAAACAUAUGAAAUCAUAGGUAAAAUCUUUCAUAAACAACGAAAUCUAACGAAGGCUCUACAAAACUAUCGUCAAUCGUUGUCUCUAUAUCAACAAGCCAAUCCAAAAAAUCAACGUCUGAUCAAUAAUAUGAAAUUUCACAUUCGUGAAAUUAUCACACCGUUUUGA